AUGAGCAAAGAAUAAUAGAGUAGAAAGUCGAAAAUUUCACAAUUAAAUACAGAAUUUUUUUCCACUUUAACAACAUUAGAAGAAGGAUUUCAUAUCAAAGUAUUGACUAGAGCAAAAAUCAAUAUUUUGAUUUAAAAAUAUGGUAAAUUGAGCUUUUUUAUGUAGCUUAAUUGGUUGAGUAUUAUGAUUUUCACAAAGACCCUAUCAAAAACUAUUUCCUUGAUAAAAUUUAGUUUGUGCUGUCUCGACCAGAUACAAUUAAAUCUAUGGUUUAGCAAGAAAUAUCCUAAGAGGAAGAGGAAUAAUUAUAUUACAGUAAGCUGUAAACUCCUAAAUAAAUGACUGUUUCUAGAACUCCUUCGAUUACCGAGUUAAUAGAUCGCGAAAAUGUUCUAAUUGGACUUGAACAUAAUGAAAACCAUUAGAAAUCAAGAGGAUAACAAAUGAACUUGACUUUAUAAAUUUAGAUGCAUAGGAAAGAGCAAGAGCCCUCUUUGGAUAAAUUAAUGUCUGUAAUUUUAAUUAAUAAUAUAGGAUUAUAAAUCAGAGACUGAAAAAAUGGAUCAUUAUAUCUAAUCAGAAAUGAAAAUUUAAGCUGAAGCUGUUUAAUUCAAGUUAGAAUAAAGAAGGAAGAAAUUAGUUAACUAAUAACAUAGGAUAUUUAGAACAGAAGCAUCUGAUGAUGAAUCAACUCCUUAACUGCAUCAUUUUGAUUGA